GUUUUCAGCUUCCUCUCGUGUUGGCUAAUUUCCUCACUGCAACUUGCCCGGUCCUUCCCAUUUCUCUUCUCUCUCUCUCUCUCUCUCUCUCUGAGUUCCGUCUUCCACUGAAGCUCUCAACUAAGAGGUUGAUCCAUGAGAGAACAAAUUGGUGAAAUGAUGUUAAGUAGAUUUUCACUAGCAAAGAAGAAGUCAAGUGGUUAUUAUACUUUUCCAACCUACAGAAUAAAGGUGUUGGAAUCCGUGCCGAGUGAUUUCUUGCCUCUUGAGCUUUGAUGGAAAACUGAUCUUCGAAGGCAUAUUUCUUGUGCUUUCCAAGGAAAGAGAUGGUUGCCAAUUCAUGGUUUCGUAGUUUGUGGAAGACUCCACGGAAGCAUGAUGCUAAAAUUGAGAAGGCAGUGAUUGGAGUAUUGGCAUUUGAAGUGGCGAGCUUGAUGUCCAAGCUGGUUAAUUUGUGGCAAUGUUUGAGUGAUAAGCAGGUUGCUAAAUUGAGAGAAGAGAUUUCAAAUUCAGUGGGCAUAAAAAAACUCGUUUCAGAUGAUGAGAAUUUUAUUGUUGGUUUAAUUAGUGCAGAGAUGCUUGAGUCCUUGUCACAAGUGGCUAAAUCUGUGGCUAGGCUUGGGAAGAAAUGCAGCGAUCCAAGUUUGAAGGGCUUUGGUAAUGCCAUUGAUGAGUUUAUCAGCAUAGGUGUUGAUCCAUACGGCUGGCAACUCACUUGGAAGAAGAUGGAAAAGAAAGUUAAGAAGAUGGAAAAGUUUAUAUCAACUAAUGCAAGUCUUUAUCAAGAGAUGGAAGUGCUUGCUGAUUUUGAGCAAACUCUUAGAAGAAUCAAGACUAAUGGUGAGUCAGAUGGUGUAAAUUUGAUUGACUUCCAGAAAAAGGUUGCAUGGAAGAGGCAUGAGGUGAAGAGCCUACAAGAUGUUUCUCUGUGGAACAGGACAUAUGAUUACACUAUACUUCUUUUAGCCAGAUCCUUAUUUACAAUUUUUAGUAGGAUCAACCAUGUAUUUGGAAUUCAAGAGUUUGUGGAUGGUAGUGAAACCAACGAUUCAAGGGACUUGAAUUCCGACUAUAUUUACCGCAGCCAAUCUGUUUCUGCAUUGUUGCAACCUUCAGUCCACCCGUCUGAGAAUAAUCUUCCAAGAUUUGCUUCAGGACCCCUUGGGGCUCUUAUUGCUAACUCAGGUCCAAUGGUGAAAACAAAUAAAACCAGCAUUUUUCAUUCAGGUCCUCUUGGUGACUCAUCCGCAAAGUCAGGCCCAAUUUCAGGAAAUAAUCAGAGUGUCAAUUUUUUUUCUGGUCCCCUAGGGAGGAAUUUGCAGAGAUCUACCCCACUCAGUCAAAAAAAUAAAAGUGGCAAGGUUUGGAAGUUUCCUGGCCACACAAAGAAAACUCAUACAAGAAGCAGUCGGCUAACUCAAGUAGGACCCUUCAAAGGCUGUAUGAUGGCUGCAGACGGUUCCUCUGUCCGCGAGUGCUACUUAAGCCCCAAUGAUGUUCAAAUGGGGACUCACAAUGUCCAUGAUGCUAAUUCAAGCCUAGCUGGUCGUGGAAAAGCAGUUCAUUAUGAUCAAUCAGUUUUAAGUUCCAAGUGCAAGCUGUUAAAUCCUCCGCCUGAUACACUUGGUGCUGCUGCUUUGGCACUACACUAUGCAAAUGUUAUCAUUGUGAUCGAGAAGUUGGCAGCUACUCCACACUUGAUUGGCCCUGAUGCAAGAGAAGACCUGUACAAUAUGUUACCGACAAAUGUGAGAGCUGCCCUUCGGGACAAGCUAAAGCCAUGUGCCAAGACCAUGGCAUCAUCAGUCUAUGACACGGGUCUAGCAGAAGAAUGGACUGAAGCUAUGUCAAGAAUAUUGGAAUGGUUGGCUCCACUUGCUCAUAGCAUGAUAAGAUGGCAGUCUGAGAGAAGUUUUGAGCAGCAGAGUUUUGUAUCUCGGACAAAUGUGCUGCUGGUACAAACCCUUUACUUUGCAAAUCAAGAAAAGACGGAAGCGACAAUAACUGAGCUUCUUGUUGGACUGAAUUAUGUCUGGAGAUAUGGUCAGGAAAUUAAUACAAAAGCUUUGGCAGAGUGUGCCAGUAGCAGAAUGUUCAAUGAGUAUCUUGAUCUGAAAGGGUAAGCAUGUUGUACUUAGCCCGUUGCUGUCUUCAACAAAAUUCCAGUUCAGCGAGGAAAUACGUUGGGCAAGUAUCAACAAAAUGGCUUCUUAAAUCUCAACACUCAAGAUCAAACGCUCAAAUGCUGGGUGAAGUUGGGAGUAAUGCGCUCUGCUGUGGAAAUUUUAGUAUCAGAAUGAAUUCCUGCUGGGAUGAGUUUCAUGAACAUUUAUCAUUCUUUUUCUUUGACGAGUUCCUGGCUGCCAAAACUUGUAUAUCUGGUCUCAUCUCGCAAAGAGUUGAUCUUUUGGUGGGUGUUUGGUAUGUAAUAUCUAUGUUCCCAAGUAAUUUGAAAUUUACAAGAUAUUUGGUUAUGAGACAUUGAAAAUUUUAAUAUACCCAUGUUGGUUA